CUUACCAGAACAGAUUGCAGAUUUUCCGAAUGUCCAGUAUGCUUCUAUUUCCUUCAGCUUUACUUUUUUCGUUGCAACUUCAUGGAUUGUGGUGUGCCGCCUUAGAUAAUGGUUUGACCAGUAGCCAAUAUCACCAAGAAAAUGCCGCUUCUUAUUUCGAGAUUCCUGUAGAUCCAGAAGACAAGUUGCAUUUGUUUUGGAAUGUAGAUUACGAAGAAGAAGUGGUCACGUUUGAAAUGCGAGUGCGAGCUGCAGAAUACGACUGGGUUGGUGUUGGAUUUUCUGACAGGGGAGAAAUUACUAAUGCUGACUUAUGUUUCCUGUGGACGGAUAAGAAGAGAAAAAAUCGUUUUCAGGACGUUUACACGGAUGAAGUGGGCUAUAUUUCUGUGGAUGAUCACGACGACUGCCAACUACUUAGCCUCAAGAGAAAAGGGUUUGUGACGAGGUAUGCAUGGGCGAGAAAAUUCGACACUUGUGACAAUCAAGACUACUAUAUAGAAGAUGGAACAACUCACAUCGUAUAUGCUAUGGGUAAAGGACCAAUGAAAAGACUGGAUGGCAUCAAUUUGGCUAAAGAAAUUCAUGGAUUUCAAAGGGUACAACUGCUGAAGAAUAUAAUUCCAGAUCCCCCUUUUCCAGAUGAUACACAGAUUAUUAUAAUCCAUAAUAAUAAGGUGGCGGUACCUAGUACUGAAACUACGUACUGGUGUAGCUUGCAUCGGUUGCCUGAAGAGUUUGAGAACAAACACCAUGUUGUUCAGUUUUCUGCUGAAAUUCAGAAAGAAAGUGAAGGUUUAGUGCACCACAUGGAAGUUUUUCACUGCGAAGUUGAUGCCACGACAAAAUUACCUCCAUGGAAUGGACCAUGUCCCAGUCCAUCCAAGCCAAAAAUAUUGGAAGCCUGCAAACGAGUUCUGGCUGCAUGGGCUAUGGGAGCUUUGGCGUCGUCGACAGUUCUGGUGUUAAGUUGACGUACACACAGACGCUUAGACAGUACGAUGCCGGAGUUAUGGAACUGGGUUUGGAGUACACAGACAAAAUGGCAAUACCACCCCAUCAAGCGGAUUUUGCAUUAACUGGUUAUUGCGUACCUGAAUGCACACGAGCGGGGUUUCCACCGGAAGGAAUUUAUAUAUUUGGUUCUCAACUGCACACGCAUUUGACAGGAACGAAAGUGUACACAAAACAUGUUAGAGGUUCUAAAGAAAUCCCCGAACUGAAUCGUGAUAAUCAUUACAGUACACACUUUCAAGAGAUCCGCCGUUUAAAGAAAGCUGUAAAAGUUUUACCAGGUGAUGCAUUACUGACCACUUGCCAUUAUUCAACUGCCGACAGGGAAAACAUAACUUUGGGAGGAUAUGCAAUAAGUGAUGAAAUGUGCGUAAACUACGUUCAUUACUAUCCAAAGAUGAAUCUCGAAGUUUGUAAAAGUUCUAUUGAUACCAAAGUGUUAAAAAGUUACUUCAAAUAUAUGAACGAGUACAAUGAUGAAAGCACAUCUGAUACUAAAGAUGUUGGUGAAAAUUAUCAUUCUAUACACUGGAGUCAAAAUAAUGCGGAUUUUCUGCAUCACUUGUAUUCUAAUGCCCCUCUGUCGAUGCAAUGUAAUCAGUCGUCGGGUGAUCGAUUUCCAGGGUACUGGAAUGGGGUUCCGCUGACAGAUAUACUUUAUCCCUUACCUCGUCAUGGUAGGAAAUGCUCCAGAAACACCAGACUUUUUAAAGAUGAAGAUUAUGAUGUUUAAUUCCUUCUUUUUAUUAAACUAUUUAUGUUUAAGGUUAUCUCUUACCUACUCAAGAUUAUAUAAAUGGUUGACAAAUGCAAUUAUGAACCAUAUAACUAACAACAAGAUAAAUUCAAAUUAUUUAUAGAAGUAAUUCUCUCUAAAAUAAUAUUGUAUUCGUCAUCAUGGAA